AUAUUGAUGUAGCUUAGACGCCUGUAAAGCGAAGUGUGUUGAUGAUGUGAGAAUGAUGCUGUGAAGGGACCUCCUGCGUCUCCUCCCCUCCCUCCUGCUCUCCUGCUCCUCAUUCCCACUCCUCAUUUCGCGUUCACCCACGAGAAGAGAUCCGAGCGUCCAGCAUCAUGUCCUCAGACGUCCAGCUGCGCGACCAAACGGACAGCAGCGACCCCGCGGGCGCCCGGAGCGACUGAGAGCAGGUGUCAGAAGUCAUACGUCCUGCCCAAAGUGAACUGACCAGCUUUUGUCACCAUGGAUACAAUAAACUUCACCUUCUGGAAUGCCUCUGAGGGCAACGAGACCCUGGAGACGGUGGACGAGAGCCCGUACAAGACAGUGGAGGUGGUGUUCAUUGUACUGGUGGCCGGCUCACUUAGCUUGGUGACUGUUAUCGGGAACAUCUUGGUCAUGCUCUCCAUCAAGGUAAACAGGAGCCUGCAGACUGUCAACAACUACUUCCUUUUCAGCCUGGCCUGUGCUGACCUCAUCAUUGGCCUUUGCUCUAUGAACUUGUACACGGUCUACAUUGUGAUUGGAUACUGGCCGCUCGGCCCGGUCGUGUGCGACUUGUGGUUGGCGCUGGACUACGUGGUCAGCAACGCCUCCGUCAUGAACCUGCUGAUCAUCAGCUUCGACCGCUACUUUUGCGUCACCAAGCCGCUCAGCUACCCAGUGAAGAGGACCACCAAAAUGGCAGGCAUGAUGAUUGCUGCGGCAUGGGUUUUGUCCUUCAUCCUUUGGGCCCCGGCCAUCCUGUUCUGGCAGUUCAUCGUUGGCGGGCGCACUGUGCCAGAGAAGGAGUGCUACAUUCAGUUCUUCUCCAACGCCGCGGUCACCUUCGGCACAGCCAUUGCUGCUUUCUACCUGCCCGUCAUCAUCAUGAUGGUGCUCUACUGGCAGAUAUCUCGCGCUAGCAAGAGCCGAGUCAAGAAGGACAACCGCAAGCCGUCAGGCGGUAACAUCGAUGUAGCCUCGUCCAAUCAGAUCCGCGAAAACACAGCCAACAAACCAACCAACAACAACCUGACAGCUGACGAAACAGACCGAGGACAGACCCAGCUAACAGAUGAUGCCGCCAACCAACAUGAUGCCAAACUCCAGAACGGUAAAGCCCCAUCCACGGCGAGCGGAGAAGCGGAGGCGGAAGAUGCAGGACGAGGAAACUGCGUUCCCACUGAGGAGAAAGAGAGCUCCAAUGACUCCACCUCUGGCAGCGGAGCUGUAACCAAUCAAAAGGACGAGCCGGCUCCAUCCAAAGCCAACGACAGCCAGGCUCCCACGAGGCACCGCGCCAAAGCUGGAGGCUCCAAACUGACGUGCAUCAAGAUCAUCACCAAAUCCCCAAAGGGCGACUGCUACGCGCCUUCAAACGCGACAGUGGAGAUCGUCCCGGCCACCGAGAGGCAGAACCACGUGGCCAGGAAGAUCGUGAAGAUGACCAAGCAGCCGCCCAAGAAGAAAAAAGCACCGUCCUCUCGGGAAAAGAAGGUGACGCGCACCAUCAUGGCCAUCCUGGUGGCCUUCGUGGCUACUUGGACGCCCUACAACGUGAUGGUCCUCAUCAACACCUUCUGCUCCAGCUGCAUUCCCAACACCGUGUGGACCAUCGGAUAUUGGCUCUGCUACAUCAACAGCACCAUCAACCCCGCCUGCUACGCCCUCUGCAACAUCACCUUCAAAAAGACCUUCAAACACCUGCUGCUCUGCCAGUACAAGAACAUACGCACGGCCCGAUGAGCUGUAGUGUGUGUGCAUGCGUUACACUUUACAUGUGUGUGUUCUGGUGACAACGGCACAAAGGUACACGUGUGGAUGUGUUUGUAUGUGUGGAAAGAUCUGAUGGGUUCAUUUGCAAAAACAGAUAACUAUGUUUUCAACAAUUUCCUUAAAUGUGACCCUGGACCACAAAACAAAGUCGCUGGGGUAUAUUUAUAGCAAUAGCCCAAAAUACAUUGUACGAGGCAAAUAGUACAUUUUUCUUUUUAUGCCAAAAAUCAUUAGUACAUUAAGUAAAAGUCAUGUGCCAUGAAGACAUUUUGUCAAUUUCCUGUAAAUAUAUCAAAACUUAAUUCUUGAUGGGUAAUAUGCAUUUAUAAGAACUUCAUUUGGACAACUUUAAAGGCGAUUUGCUCAGUAUUUAGAAUUUUUUGCUCCCUCAGAUUCAUAUUAGUUGUAUCUUGGCCAAAUACUGUCCUUAUAUAUAUAUUCAGCUUUCAGGUAUAAAUCUGUUAACAAACAAUUACCCUUAUGGCUGGUUUUGUGGUCCAGGGUCACAAAUCACGUUUUUUAUUGUUAUCAUCUUGUUUUACUGUGUAUAAUUUUAGUUAUUAUUAUUAUUAUUCAAUCGAAUCAACCCAACUGUGGUUUGAUUGAUGUUAAUUGGAAUGCAGGACAAUAAACAGUUAUCUAAAAAAAGUUAUCUGUUUCCACAAAUGAACACUUCAAUUACAAAUGACAGAUUGACCCAUCAACACCCAUCAUAUACAAAGUUUUAAGAAUCUUUGUAAGUCCUUGUAGUUUGCCGAAUUUGACACGGUCAGCUCCAAGUGCUCCAUUUAAACACAUUUCACCAUGUUUAAAAUCACAGAUUUCCCUAAAAUGAGUGUAAAAACGUGCAUCUGGGCAGAUGUGUGAUUGCAUUUAUUGUUUUAUAUAUAUAUAUA